AUGGCCACAUUCGUUAAAGUAUCAACAUUCUUAGCAAUCAUUGCUUCCUUGCAACAACUUGCAGUGGCUACUCCGCCAGCUUGUCUCUUGGCCUGUGUUGCACAAGUCAACAAAAACAACGACGAAUCAUGUUCUGGUCUCAACAGCUUGUCUUGUAUCUGCUCAAACGAGUCCGAUGAUAUUUUGAAAUGUUUGGAUGACAUUUGUCCAAAUGGCGAUGCUGACACCGCAAAGAAAGCUUUUGAAAGCUCUUGUGACGGCUAUGCUGAUGUUGAGCAGUCCUCAUCUGCUGAAGAAAGCUCAAGUACUGAAGCACCAUCAUCUACUGAAACCGAAUCCUCGGCUGAGGCAUCUUCCACAGAAGAAUCAUCUGCUGCUCCAUCGUCUUCAUCAUCAGCACAGGAAACCUCUGAAGCUGCACCAUCAUCAGCACAAGAAACCUCUGAAGCUGCACCAUCAUCAGCACAAGAAACCUCUGAAGCUGCACCAUCAUCAGCACAAGAAACCUCUGAAGCUGCACCAUCAUCAACACAAGAAACCUCGGAGGCUGCACCAUCAUCCACUUUGGCUACUUCCUCAGUUGCCCAGGAGACUUCUUCUACAGUUGCAACCGAGUCUUCAUCAGCACCAGGUGUUGCCACUCAAACUGACGAGUCUGGUGCGAACAAGUUGGGUAUGGGUGCAUUGGUUGGUUUGAUUGGUGCUGCUUUGUUAUAA